AUGAGUAAAGCCUUAACUGUCACCACCAUUGCCGCAACUGCUGUUGUCGGGUAUGCUAUCUACUUCGAUUACAAACGUAGAAGUUCUCCAGAAUUUAGAAAGUCAUUAAAGAAAAGAGCAUCAAAACAACAAAAAUUAAAAGCCAAGAAGGAUGCUGAAUCUAAACAAUCUAAAUUAGAAGCAGUUAAGGCUGCUCUUAUUGAAGACUUGAAGGAAAACCCAAUACCAACUGAAUUAUCUGAAAGAGAAGCUUUCUUUAUGGAACAAGUUGCUACUGGUGAACAAAUGACCAAGGAUGAUCCAACUGGUGCUGCCAUCUGUUUCUAUAAAGCUUUAGCUGUAUAUCCUAACCCAACCGAUAUCUUGGGUAUUUACCAAAAGACUGUUCCUGAAGAUGUUUAUGAAUUAGUCGUCAUGAUGAUUGCUGUUUAUCCACCAGCUUCUAUUUCAAGUAUUCUUAAUAAAGGUCCAGCUGCUGCUUCAGCUGGUUUAGGACCUGAAGAAGAUUUAGAUUAA